AUGAUUGCCAAGAGUCUUGUUUUCGCUGUGCUAGCGGCUCACGCUGCUGCUGGACCUUGUAAGCCCGAUGGCGUUUCGUCCAACACGCUCUCCGCCAGUACUUCUGAAACAAGCAUCUUGGAUUCAGUGACUACAACCACUUCUGAGCAAGCCACGACCACGACAGAGGCAGCUGCCACUACCACGAGCGCAUCCGUACCCGCUGGAGAGGCCAUUAUCCUUCAGGUCAACCCUCGACGUCGGCUAUCGAAGCGAGAUACGACAUUCGUGGGCAGCAACAACCCGACCGAAUGCACCUUUGCCUCUGUCUUUCACCUCGACGGGGGGAAGCUUUUGGAGAACGGAGUGCCUAUCUAUUAUGCUGGCAGUGGCUAUCAGGAACUUGCUGCCCAGGGCGAACCGCCAGCUGAUUCUGUCACGACGACGUUCUCAAUUACUGGGGGUCGUCUUUCAUGGACGGAUUCGUCGUUUGGAGAGGCUGGUUUCUGCCAGACUGAGUCUAACGGACAGGUGUACAUCACCUUUGGGUCGGAGCCUGUUGGCUGUGAAACUGUGACUCUCACGGCUUACAAAGAGGAACAAUGCCAGAAUGGACAGAUCGUUGGAGUCGAAACGUCCAGCGCCGAGACAACAAUUGCAGCAGAGACGACCGCCUCGUCCGAUGCCUGUCUUGUCGGCAUUGAUGGCUCAAACGGCCAGCCUCCACGAGAGAGCCGUCUUGCUGACUGCUCGAGACUGAACACAGUGACAGUCAGCCCAUACCCCGAAACUUCAACCGUCUUCAAGCGCGAAGUUGCGUUCCGCAUUCCAACAGCCUUCCCGACCUGGCGACCUGCGAUGAACACUCUUGCAGCCCGUGCAGAGGGAGAACCAACUGCCACUACCAUCCAGCCAACUGAGGUCCCUGUUUAUGCUACGUACUGCGACUCUCCUGAGGAAUACUACGCAGCUUGCUCUGAGGCUGGGAUCACUGCGUUCACGACUACUCUUCCAACAACGACUACUUCGACGUCGACCACUGUCAGUGAUUGUCCAGCGAAGCGACUCGUGAGGAGAGCAGGUGAGCAUAUGGGGUAUGAGUUUGAGGAUAAUUGGGAUGCCCAUAUCAUGCCAGGAUAUAAGCUGUUUUAG